UAUAUAUAUAUUUCGAACCUUGGGAUCGGCUCACACCCUCGCUGUUCUAUUCACUAAAAUUGCCUCUCGACAUUCGCUCGAAGCAACUCGGGACAAAAUAUUCCGGCGUCGCACCGUCAAGACUCAUGGCAUCGCUGCAGAAGCUCAAGCCGGCGUCCACGAUCGUGGAAUGGUACGACUACUACUACGCGUCCCGGAAGGAUCCUCGAACGGACGGAUGGGGAGGCAUAGCGGAUGCCCGGAUUGUAUUUCCGCUCUUGGUCAGUUACGUUUACUUCGUUAAGGUCGCCGGGCCCCGCUGGAUGAAAGACCGCAAGCCGUUUGACCUCAGGUGGGCGGUGCUGACGUACAACGCGCUAACCGUGCUGGCCAACGCCUACUUCGCCGUGAAGCUCAUGGGACUGACCUACGUCGGCGGCCACUACAGCCUCUUCUGCCAGGGGAUCAACUACCAGACGCCCACCGAGAGGGACAUGGCCAUUCUGAGGCUCGGCUGGUGGUACAGCUUCGUGAGGAUCGGCGACUUCAUGGACACCGUGUUCUUCGUGCUGCGGAAGAAGAACUCGCAGAUCACCUACCUACACGUGAUACACCACUUCCUGGUCGUGUUGAGCGGGUGGUUUUACAUGAGCUUCGGCGGUGACGGGCAUACGGCGCUGGGCGGGUGCGUGAACGCCUUGAUACACGUCAUCAUGUACUCCUACUACUUCCUCGCCGCCCUGGGUCCUUCGAUGCAAAAGUACCUGUGGUGGAAGCGUUACCUGACCAAGCUGCAGAUCGCCCAGUUCGUCGGCCUCAUGUUGCACAUGACGAUCACACUCUUCCACGACUGCGGGUACCCAAGGCGACUCGCGGUGUUGGCGCUUUCGCAGGGCUUUCUGGGUCUGGGGCUGUUCAUCAACUUCUACGUGCAAAGCUACGUCAAGCCUAAAAAGUCAAGAUCGGAAAGGGAGAAGUCCGUGAAAAGCAGCUGAGCUUGAGAGCCUCUUUGCGACCUUCAGGGAGUGUGCACGAUACAGUGACCAGUGAACAUUCACGGACAACCACACACCGGGCCCGAAGAGUGGGAACUGUGAGAUCAGCUAGUGCGAUCCCGAUUGGUGCUGUGGAGACGGACGCGGUGUCAAAGAUAUCAGCUUGAACAUUUGGACAUCCUCUGGCUUGUCAGAGACCAUUACCCGGCGAUUUCACCCCGGCGUUUAUAUUUUACUAAACGGGAAAGCCGGGUUACAUGUCGUUAUACUUGUUUCUGCGCUAAAUUAGAUUUCCAUGUCCUGUACAUAUUUCGCAAUUAUAGCGUUAUAAUAAAAGAACGCUUUGAACAUUCUGGCUCUUUCAUUACUGCCUCUGAUUGCACUUUAAGCACAAAUUACAAAAGAAAAAGUGGCAUUCUUCGUCUGAAGGAGUCGUCACGUGUCAGAGAGAACGCAA